AGCUCCUCUCUUCUCUUCUCUUCUGCUCCACUACAUACCAGGUUCUCUGUUUCGCUGGUACAUAGCUAUAUACAAGGAGCUGCUCUGCUUCAGUACAUACGAGGCGCUCUGCCAGAUCGUCUGCUGGCCAUGGUGGCCAUCACGGUGCCCAUCUCGGUGGACGCGAUCCCUCUGGUGAAAUGCGCACAUGCAGCGGCCGCGACGGUGCCGAGUGUCGACCUGUCGGCGCCGGGCGCGGCGGCGGCCGUCGCGGACGCGUGCCGCGGCGUGGGCUUCUUCAGGGCGACCAACCACGGCGUGCCGGCCACCCUCACGGACACUCUGGAGGCCCGCGCCGCGGCCUUCUUCGCGCUGCCGCACAAGGACAAGAUGGAGGCGUCGGCGCGGCCCUUGGGCUACGGCAGCAAGAGCAUCGGCUGCAACGGCGACGUGGGCUGGCUCGAGUACAUCCUGCUCUCCGUCGGGUCCGGCUCGGUCGCGGCGGCCUCCCUGCCGCCGUCGCUCCGGGCGGCGCUCGAGGAGUACACGGACGCGGUGCGGGAGGUGGGCGCGCGGGUGCUGGAGCUCAUGGCGGAUGGGCUCGGCAUCGCGGUGGACCACCGCGGCGUGCUGCGGCGGAUGGUAGCGUCGGACGAAGCCGACGAGAUGGUGCGCGUGAACCACUACCCGCCGUGCCCCUGCCCCCUAGCAGCAGGGCAGCGCGGCGUGAUGGGGUUCGGGGAGCACACGGACCCGCAGAUCAUCUCCGUGCUCCGGUCCAACCGCACCGGGGGCCUCCAGAUCAUGCUGCCGGACGGCCGCUGGGUCCCCGUGGCCCCCGACCCCGAUUCCCUCUUCGUCACUGUCGGGGACUCCCUCCAGGUGCUAACGAACGGGCGGUUCCAGAGCGUGAAGCACCGGGUGGUGGCGCCGGCGGAGGGGCAGCAGUCGCGGCUAGCGCCGGUGAAGACGGAGCCAGGGCUGGCGCCCGUGAAGACGGAGCCGGGGCUGGCGCCGGUGAACGCGGAGUUCGACGACGACGACGCGGCCCUC